AUGGCAGCCGUAAGCACCGAUGACAUGAUGAAUUUUAACGGCACCGGGCAGUCGGGAACAGGUGGCGAUGUUGAAAUCCGAAAAGCAUUGACCAGUAUGCAAUUACGUAAUGAACAAUUUCGUAACCUGUAUGAACAGUUGAAGAAAGAAUAUCAGACAUUAACCGAUUCGUAUAAUGAUUGUCAACAAACAUUGAUUAAAGCCACAGACGAAAAUCGUUUAAUGCAAGAAAAAUUUAAAAAUUUAUUAGACAAAUUACAAACCGAAAAUAGAAAAAAACAAAUGCAAAUUGAAGAAAUGAAAACUCAAAUUUUAGACUCGACAAAGUUAGAUGCUAUACGCGAUCGUUUAUCAAUAGAAAUCGAAGGUCCAUACAAAUUAGCCAUAAAUCAAUUAGAACAACAGUUAGAACAAUAUCAACGUAAUGAAACAAAAACAAAAUAUGAUUUUACUUUAUUGCAAAAAGAGUAUGAUAAUUUACAUAAUCAAAAUGAACAAAUAUUACAAGAACUUCGUUUAAAACACGAUAAAGAAUUGUCCAUAUUGAAAAAAGAACGUGAUCUAUUACAGCAGCGUUUCAAACAAGAGAAUACACAAGAUUUGAAUAGAGAACAUCAAGUGCAACGUGAAUCCCAACAAAUGAAAUUAAAAAUACAAACAUUGCUAACUGAAAUACAUGAGUUAAAAGAAUUAAAGGAUCAUGCCGAACUACAAUCACAGGCAAUACAACGUGAACAAUUAAAACAUCUAUCAGAAACAAAAGCAAAUACUGGCUUAACUGAGAGUGAACGCGAUUCAUUACGUCUUCAAUUAUCAAAUGUACACAAAGAACUAACAUCAACAAGUGAACAACUAGCAUCCACUGUAAAAAAGUUACAUGAAGUUGAAUUAAAACAAACAUUAACACUCACUGAAUAUAAUGACUAUAAACAUCGUUUUAAAUUAGAAAUAGCUAAUCAUAAAAUUGACAUAGCCAAACAAUAUGGUGAUCAUAUUCAACGAGAAGAACAUUUUAAUUUAGAAAUACAAAAUUUAAACGAGAAAAUAAUGAUAUUGGAAUCGGAUAAAGCUAAAUUACAAUUAAAUCUUCAGGAAAAAGAACGUUUAUCAUUAGCCACCAUACAAGCAACAAGAGAAGAGGAAUGGAAAAAAAUAUCAGAAAUAACAAAUGAAAAAUUAGAUAUGGAAGCACAAGUUCAAAUAUUAUCAAAAACUGUUGAUGAUCGUGCGAAUAAAUUUCAAUUAGAAAAAGAUCGUUAUGAUGAACAAAUACGAGGUUUAGAACGUAGUAGAGAUGAGUUACAAAAAGAAAAUCAACAUUUAAAAAUGGCUGUAGAAAAUUCGGAUGAAUAUAAAACACAGUUAGAACGUGAACAAGAGAAAACACGUGAUUUAUAUCGAAAAUGUUCAAAAUUAGAAUCUGAAUUAGCAUCAACAAAUGGCAUGGAACAAGAAUUAACAGAUAUGAAUAUGAAAUUGAAAAAUGAACUAAGUCAUUUAAUAAAUGAAAUACAAAUGGGUAAAAAUGAAAUACAUCAAAUGAAUACUCAGUGUAAUAACGCUAUAGCAAAUGCACGUAAUUUAUAUGUAUCUGAACGAAAUGAAUUACAACUACGUAUUGAUGAUUUACAAACAAAACUAAAACAAAUAAAAACAAAAAUGUACGAAUCACAACGAAAUAAGAAACAGAGACGUGUACGUUUUCAAUUGUAUACCCAACGUCUAAUGGAAAAAACCCAAUUAGUCGAUGCAAAAUUAAGUGAGAUCAAAGAAAAAGAACAAAGUUUACAACAUGCUGGUGUUAGUCUUGAAACUCAUAAUCGUGUCAAACGUCAAUUAGCUCAAUUGUAUGGUAAACAUCGUCACUUUCAAACUCUAUUGCAAGAUAACAAUGCUGUUGUUAGACCGGUGGCAAUCGGAUCAUAUACGUUUUGUGGUGUUACUUCAACAGCACCAAAUAUCGUCACAACUAUACCAAAUGAUCAUUAUGAUUUAAAUUCAAUGUUUAGUCGUCUUGAUCGUUUAUCAGGAGAACAACAUCAACAAUUAUGUGAAUUUGUUGAGACAGAUCAUAAACCACCGGCAUUAACAUUCUCAACAUCGAAUGGAACAAAACAUCAGAGAAGAAUUAAACCAUCUACAAAACAUGCAGAUAAUAUUCAAAGUAUCAAGCCCAAAUCACCCAUAAUACAGAAGAAUAAUGAACUAAAUACAAAUCAAUCAAUUUUAGAUGAAUUAAAUGCAAUAUUAUCUCCAAUUGGCAAUGAAAAGAAAACAAAUCCACCAGUAAUAAGCACAAAUGAUAAGCCCAAAUCAACGUCCGAUAAUAAUUUGUUUUCUGAUUGGAGAAAUCUCGUUCAACCAACUACCACCACCACUUCAAAUGGAAGGAAAAUAAAAUCACCACCACCAUUACUAAUAACUGAUGAUAAACCAAAAUCUAACAUUGGUAAUGAUUUAUUUUCUGACUGGAAAAUGCUCAUUGAUCCAGCCACUACCGACAAAGUGACAUCAUCGAAGGAUAAUUCAAUGCGCAAUGAAAAAAAAGUUGUACAAGAAAAGAGAGAGAGUCCAAUUUCUGUUAGCAUUUAUUAUGAAUCAUCUACUUCUCAUGAAAAAAAAUCAAGCAAAAAUCAGCAACAGACACAGCAAAAUUCUCCGUUUCGCAAAAAUCAUAAUGUAAUAUCUACCAUCUCGACUGCGGAUGAUGAUCGAUCAUCUCAUAAUGGAACUAAAAGAUCGCCUAUAACAGCAGAAACUGGAAAACAUGAUCAUUAUUUUAAACCAAUUAGUGAACGUCAAAAAACACCAUCUCCAUUAUCAUUAACAGUGAGUGAUAAAAAACCUUCUGAAAAUAAUGAACAAUCAAAAAAUCAUAAUGCUCAAUCACUUUCAACAAGUUCAUCAUCAGUAUCAAUUGGGAAACGGGUUACUACAAAAACUGCACCCACUUCAACGAUAUUGACAGAGAAAAAAUCAGAAGCUACUAAAGCGAAAGCAACAGACGACGAUGACGGUUGGCUUGAUGCAGCAUUCGGAUUAGGAAAACAUAGAAAAACGGGCUCAUCAACAUCUUCGUCGAGCUCAAAUUCAAUUAAUGAUGAAAAAAAGAAAAAACAAGCAGUAACAUUAAAGUCGACAUCUUCUAAUCAAAAAUUAUCAAAAUCGAAACAAGACACUGAGAAAGAUGCUGUUGAAAGUGUUAAGGAAGAAUAUUCAACAUCGUUUAAUACAGAUAAUGAAGAUAACGACGAUUUUACAUAA